AUUUAGUAAGACCUUCAAACCUAGCCCCAAAUUUAACAAAGCAGCCACCAUCGGUCUGGGAUGGCUAACGACCAGCGACAGCGGACGGCCAACAACCAGCGAACGUGGACGACCAACCACUAGCAACGGCCGGCGACCAGACAGACCCGACAUACUGCAUACGCACCCGUCGACCACAGACGAACCCUGCUACAAGCGACCAGAGGGAAAAGACGGACCCAAUGACUAGAGGCGGACCCAUCGACCAGAUUUGGACUAGCAAUCAGACGUGACUGUGGGUAAAGUUGACGGGCUCUGGGGUGCGUUUUAUUCAGUCAGCCCAUUGAAUUUCAUUCUCAUCCUCCAUGUCACUCACAAAUCUCUUUGUUACGCUUUUGCCAGCGUCUUUGAUCUUUCGCAGGACUUCUACAUUUGGAAUCGAGUCAAGGUUAGAUAUUGUGACGGGUCAUCCUUUACUAGUGAUGUUGAAUCUGACAAUUGAGAUGCUUUCUCAACUAGAGCAACAAGUUGACAUUGAGUUGAAUCGAAAUCAGAAUUCAAAGGAUGUGCCUGCUCCAAACCUUAAUGCAAUGGAUUUCCCUGCUCUUUCAGUGGCAGAUAAUGAAAACAGACUACCGGAUUACUCCAGAUAUGAUCUUCAACAGGAAUUGAGUCUCUAUAGUCUAUCUGGAAAAGGAAGUACCCUUACAUUCAAGUCUGGAUCUUCUGUCCCAGACAUAUGUUCUCUUGAUUUUGCAUCUGCUGUAAAAAAGGCGACUUCUCAAAACUCUAGCAUCUGGAAGUUUGAUAAAAAUGGAUCAAUUGAUGAAAGAGUUAGAUCGAGUAGAAGUUCUAAUAUGCUGACCAACCCUUACAAUGGUAGCCAAAAUAGGGGCUCAGAUUCAAAAGGCUAGAGAGAGUAUUAGAGAAGAGGGGGAGAACUGAGAAGAGAAAAUGUCUCAGGGACAGGCGGAGGCAGAGAAGAAGCCAAACUCAACCCCGAACGCAGGCGGGGAACCUGGGGUUCACAUUAACCUCAAAGUCAAAGGACAUGAUGGUAAUGAAGUCUUCUUCAGGAUUAAAAGGAGCACUCAACUAAAGAAGCUAAUGAAUGCAUACUGUGACCGACAGUCUAUUGAAUUUACUUCAAUAGCUUUCCUAUUUGAUGGACGACGUCUUCGAGCGGAGCAGACUCCAAAUGAACUAGAGAUGGGAGAUGGUGAUGAAAUAGAUGCAAUGCUUCAUCAAACCGGGGGAACUUAUAAUCAAUAUUUUUCUUCUAGCUGAAGAUAACUCUGUAUCACUGUGUGGGUGAAGUUUAGCUUAUUAUUGUUAUGCUUAGUGAAAUGCCUAGGAGUGGGUUGCUAUUUCAUUAAACGGGAUAUGAUUUGCUCAAGUGGUCUGAGCUCUUUUGCCUUAAGCUUAUGCCAAAUUUCUUUUGAAAGUAGUAGGAUCAACGUUUUGUUUUAUCAUCUACUACAAGAAUCUUAUAAGGUGCAGGAUCUUUUGAAGUCCUCUUGUAAAAAAAAAGAUGCAAAGCCGAGGAUCAAAUCGUGCAGCUCCUGUCUAGCUUGAAACUGGAGAAACAGUUGGAAAUAUGUAUUCUGAGAUGUGGGAAGAAGCUCGUGACUAUGCACGUGCUAAGAGUGCCAAGCCUCAUUAACACAACCUUGAAUUAUAUUCUAAACUUCCAGACUUCUACAUUUGGAAUCGAGUCAAGGUUAGAUAUUGUGACGGGUCAUCCUUUACUAGUGAUGUUGAAGCAGUGGAUCUGGUAUGCAUAGUAGUUUUUGGAGAUCAUUUUCUUUGCAGGUUUUUAAAGCCCUGGUUAGGUAUGUCUUUAUGUGGAUCUGGUAUGCCAAGAUGAACCAUCAUAACAAGACUCUUCUACUUCUUAUCGUAAAGAUAUGUCUAUCUUCUUGCUCUUGCCAUAAUAGGUCACAUACCAUGUUCUGUUGGGUCUGUUAAUUAGUAGUUUUUCAAACAUUUUUUGUAUCUGUCCAUUUGUUUUUAAUAUUGAAGGGAUUGCUUGAAUGAAAUGGUUCACCUCUAAUUUUAGUAUUUUAAGGGGGCUUACACCAGCACCUUUCUAACUAUAAGGUUAAAGACAAAUAAAGUGCAUAAAAUGAGGUGGGUCAGCAUAUUUUCUGCCAUCUGCUAAGACUUUGAGAAUUCCCAGCGAGGGUCCUUCCAAUGCUUGUAGCUUCACUAUGAAAAUUCCCCUUUUCAUCUGGAAGAUCAGGUUUACUUUUCAUCCUUUCUCUAAAUUCUCUUCUAUAUCUAAUAAUCUCUCUCUUUAACAGCAACAUAGAUUCUAGGUUAAGUGGAUGUUUGGCAUUAAGACUAAAUUCAGCUCUUUUUGUCUUCUUCAAAUUUCAGCUAUUUAUAAAUGUAAAAGUAGUUUUGUUUGGAUAUAAGGCUUAUUUGGGGUUGAUAAAAAUUUUCAAAAGUGAAUAAAUAAUGUUUAUAGUUUUUAUUCCCGUGACUCAAUAUUGUCAUUCAAUAAAAAAGAUUAAAAGGCAAUGUCGUUUUAGAUUUUGAAAACCAGGCUUUUGAAGACUCAGUCUAUAUGUGGAUAAAAACAUUAUUUUUAAAGAUAAAUAAAAGAUUCCACAAUUAUUAAAUAUCGUACACAGGUCCGAAAAAUGAUUUACUCAUGCUUUUGGUGUAUUUUGUAGGGUUGUGAUUGUUUUUGAGCUUGUAGAAUCUACUGGUGUGACCCACAGGCCAACAUGCUGGUGCAACUGCUAUAUGCAAUGGUGCAGUCCCUCCAUGUCGUUAUUAGAACAUGCUGGAGGACCUCAAGUUUAUUUCCAGCUUCUUUCAAGCUUAUUGUGUGUAAUUGUAUUAUAGGCUGCAUUGUGCAAUUGUGUUAUUACUUCUGAAUACGAGUGAUAUUUUACUCAUAUACUUUAUCAAUGAAAAUGUUAUCUUUUUACUUGAUAAA